AUGCAGCAAGAUGUAAAGCAGCAAAAACAAGACAUGCUAGAGAUGAAAGAAGAUAUUAAAGGUACAAUAAUUAACAGCCUCAACGAGAAGUUCAAUAACUUAGAACUGAAAAAUGAGCUUUUGGAGAAAAAAAUACAACAGCAAUCAAAUAAAAUUAACAACCUAGGACAGUGUAGACCCAAAAAUCUGAUCUCCUUUUGA